UAUCGAAAAAUGGAUUUGGCUACGAACUUCUAAAGUUGAUGAUGAAUGUAGAUGACGGUAUUGUAAGAAAAUAAGAUGCAUCUGUACACCAUUUUCAAGAAAACGUAGUAGUGAUGGUAGUUGACCAAACAGCCAGAGAUCAACAAUAAUUUGUGAACGGAAAUCCAAGAAAAAGAAAGUAUAAUUCGCAUAAUAAUUUAUACAAAAUGUCUUCUCUAACCAAGCCAAAAUCUGAAAUGACGCCAGAGGAAUUGGCAAAGAGAGAAGAAGAGGAAUUUAACACCGGACCUCUCUCUGUUUUAACACAAUCCGUCAAGAACAAUACCCAAGUAUUGAUAAACUGCAGAAAUAAUAAGAAGUUAUUGGGACGAGUAAAGGCAUUUGAUAGACAUUGCAAUAUGGUUUUGGAAAAUGUAAAGGAAAUGUGGACGGAACUCCCACGUACAGGAAAAGGCAAAAAAAAGGCUAAACCAGUAAACAAAGACAGAUUUAUCCCAAAAAUGUUUCUACGUGGAGAUUCUGUCAUCUUAGUUCUAAGAAAUCCAUUGGCAACUGCAGCAGGAAAGUAAUACAUUAAGGACAAUUUUAACAUUAUAAACUAAGAUUAAUAUUGUAAUAAAUAAAAUAAAAUUUGAUACAAACGUAAA